AUGGGAGUCCUCUUAGCGCGGUUCGCAACCUCCCCGCCUCCAGAUUGCCUGAAGGACAGACUUAUGGCUGAGAUCGAAAGGCGGAGAAGUCAGAAUCAUUUGCCUAUUCGAGGCGGUUUUCUGACCCUGGGUUAUAUCGACGAGCUCUUCACCGUCGAAGGAAUCUCUCAACAACUCCAAAAAUACGAGGAAUUCCAACGAAUCUCAAAGGCAAAGAGAGCUGAACUCGCUCUGUUCAUCAAGGAGAACCAGCAAAAGCUCUAUGCUAUACUUCUUCUCAUGGAUCAGUCACACCACCUGAUCUCGGACAAAGCCAGGGCCUUUACCGACAAAUACCUCUUCGCCAUUCAAAAGCCUGGCCUUGCGUCUCUGCCAUGUCCUUUAUCGACUCUGGAAACAUUGCCUUUAUUCCGUGGUUUCGCCUCUGCGUUCUACGAACAGCAGUAUGUGUUUCCGCCAAGCCUAUCAACACCGGAGACUGUAAAGCAUCCAUUACAUUUCAAAUUUCCGUUUGCCAACGAACGUGAAAGAGUAGGUAACGGGUCGUUUGGUGAGGUUUAUCGAGUGGAAAUACCGCGUGGAUUUCUAUUACCUCUUGCAGAUGAAGAUGUCUCCAAGAACGUGGUUGUUGCAUACAAAAGAAUUCGGAGGCAAGCUACCAAAGCGUGGGAAAAAGUUGAUUCGGAAGUCAAGGUACUCCACCAACGACCCCAUAGGAACAUCACACCAUUGUGGGGAAGCUUCUUUGCAGGGCUAGAAGAGACUCGCGAAGCGAGAAGCUCCGCUCAAUGCCUAUAUCUGCUAUCUCCUGCAGCCACCAUGAGCAUGCAGGGCUGGAUGAGUGAUGAAAAAGCUGUAGCCGCUGAUAUAUCAUCUGGCUUCAUAUACUUCGACACCAUGAUGGCUCUUGCAUCUGGAUUAACUUAUAUUCACCGAGAGAUCGACACGAUGGUAGCCUACCAUCGGGAUAUCAAGCCAAGCAACAUCCUUCUAUUCCAAAACAAAGAUGGAAAGAUCUGGAAAUUCUGUGACUUUGGGACUUCGAACCUCAAGCGUGUAGAUAAUACUGGGACUGAAAGUAUAGUUACAGACAAGUACUGGGCACCUCCUGAGUUCUUUGAGGACCAUUCGAAUGAGAACGGAAUAACACAUGCUCGCACCCACGACGUAUUUUCUCUUGGAUGUGUAUUCCUCGAAUUGGCGACUUUACUACACAUGGGUGCUGACGGCCGCGACAAGUUUGAAAUACUGAGAGUGGAGGAAGACCGCGACCCUCAGGCAUUAGGUUAUCGGGGCGCAUUCCACCGAUCGAUGCCAGCGGUACGCCGUUGGAUUGGAAAACUGCGCGAUAUACACGAAGAAGAACAAAGCCGCGAUGUGCUUGCUCUCAUAUCCGAUAUGUUACAGCCCAUAGAUGAACGUAUAUACUCCUGGGAGGUGGAGAUCGACCUGUUCAUUCUUGGACCUUCAGGAGGAGAUUCUGUGAAGGUAGUUGACUAUCUGCGUCAAAUUGGCCACCGGUCAAUAGGCUACAGCGCAAGAACAAAGCACAAUCCUUAUACACGCGCGAAGAAACGGGCUAAGGAAAAUCAACUUUACGGCGUGAGGUGUGCGAAUCAGUUCUUCCAAGUUAUGGAGACUCUUCGAUGGCAUGAGUAUUCGCCUCAAUCCACUGGAAGCUUUCAGCAAACUCCAGGACAACAAGUCUAUUCGAACAUAUCGUUGGCACAGGAAGAUGAUAUACUCUGUGGCGGUCAAACUCUGUAUCAGGAGAUAUCGAAUAGCUUCCACAAAUCAGAUAUUGUAGCGCUUUACGGAGUCGCUGGCAUUGGGAAAACUCGGAACGCUCUUGAAUACGCGCGACAGUUCCUGAGUCCUGUGGACCAGACUUUGACUAGACACACGUUUAUCGUAGAUGCCACUAGCGCAGACAGCUUGUGGAAUUCGUACGAUGCUAUCGCAGAUACGAUUAGCCAAUCUUCAAUAGGCGACAAGGUCACAAAAGCUACGCUUGGCUCCUGGUUGGAAAAUAGCAAAACUGGCAAGUGGUUCAUCGUCGUGGACGGCUUCAAUCCGACUGAUGACAUCAAUGAACUCAAGAAAAUGCUACCAACGCCUAGACGUAGUAUCGAUCAGAUACUGAUUACCACAAGAGAUCGCGCUAUCGUAGAUAAGUACUCGAUCAACGAAGCGCGUGUACCACCCUGCAUCGAGGUAUGCGCGCUCACCUCCGCAGAUUCUAUGCGUUUCUUCAAGCAGAACAUUGAAGAAUGGAAAAGGUUGAAGAGCAACGAAGUCGACACAACCAUGAUCGAAUCUCUGCUUAAAGAACUUUGGUCUCCUGCGAUGAUUAGAUAUGCUGCCGUGCAUAUGGAGGAGGACCGAAUGGACACUGUGCAAAUGCAGGAGCUGGUGGAUGAGAAUGGACUCUCGGUCAUCAGAACCCCGUUCCCAUCGUAUCUUGAGUACGUUCUUCAACCGUUAGCCGGUACACUAUCUCGCCCUGGGACUUGGCCUCGAGAGGUUGGAACUCUGUUUCUGCUCGCAUUCUUCGACCCUCGUGGUGUCGAAUGGAGUACGUUAAGGAACAAUCACGCAACAAAGAGGAAGAGGUUGGGACUGCUGAAGUCUCUGGGAAGACUGCAAGACUGUGGCCUUAUCGAGAAAGCUUCAUGUGAUAUUGGCCCGGUCUACUCCAUUCGCGGCAACAUUCGUAGAGCCAUUAUGGAAUGGAUCGAACAGCAUGACGGCCCUGAAGGCAGGGCGGAGGGCUUUCUGAAUCGCUACAGUAAGGCGCUUUCGAUAACAUACAAGUCCUAUCAUUCUUCGCUCAAAGCUGCCAAGGCGACGAUAGUCGACACAUUUUCCGGGGCCCACCAGUCCGAAGAACCGUUCAUGCCACACUUCAGAUGCUUUGUACAGUUCACCAUUGAAUACCCUCAGCAACAGAAGCCUCUGAUGCAUCAUCUUGCUGUACAGGCUGUUAUUUCCUUCUCAAAGGUCCUUCUGGAGCAAGACAGAUAUAGAGAAGCUAUCACAGUGACGGAGUACACUCGAAAACACUACAAGUACAAACUCGACGAAGAUGACAGCGAGAAGCAAGUUCAAGUUUUCUUCACCCUAGGAAGACAUCUAGUCACCAUCUAUCUCGCUUGCCCAAGAGACACAUUGACUAAUGGGUAUCGAUCGAAAGCAAGUGAACUGAUCUCCGAUCUACGGUCAGACAUCAAGAAACUCAAGGGGUCGUACUCAGGGCAAGCCUGGAUGACAUUGAUAAACUUGGAGAUCAAGCUGGACGAGGUCAGAAUGUAUAGGCAGUCCGCAAUUUAUGACCAAGCGCACCGAAAACUAUCGGACGUCAGCGACGCCGUAAACGCGAUGAUCAACAGUGGUGACAGAGUCAUUCAAGAGACCUACGAGCAUAUCAUUUUCAGAGACGGGAACAGGCGUACUCCACUGGCACCACUUUCACCACGAAAACUACAGAUCAUGGCGAAUUUCCAAGAUGGUUUGCUGCACUUAGCGGAAGGCAGCUCAAGACCUCGAACAGACCGGAAAUGUGCUCUAGAGUUCUGGAACAGGGCUCGUGAGCUACUCAUGUCGACCGAGAGUGCAUUUGAACAGUAUUGCGCGAGCGACGAACUUUGGCAUGACGACAUACGUGUAGCGAGCGCAGUGGUGAAUACCAGGAUAGGAGGCAAGGGCCUUAUCCGAGAUGCAAUAUACACUUUGGAACUCGUGCGAGGUAGGAUGGAAGAUAGGUACGGGCUGGUCCGGCGUACUAUGGAUGUGGAACGUAGGCUUAACGAGGCGAGGCUCCAGUCCAACAAGCAACAUGUGAAGAUUGCCAUCGAAAGCCUACGGGAACUUCUGGAAUGGUACACAGAUAAUUUCGGCAAGUACGCAUCCCAUGGAGAAUACACUACAUGCACCAAAACCUGCGCGUCUCUGCUUGUGAGAGCGCUGAGGCGAAUGGGCAAAAGGGAUGAGGCGAGUGAGCUUAGAAAAACAUAUAGGCUGGAGGCAGAACCCAGCGAAGAAGAAAGCUCUUGGGUACGGCAAGAAGUGCUGCUCAAGGUCUCCAUCUUCGUUGUUGUAGUGCUGCUCUACCUGGGGUACUCGUAUCAGAAUUUGUAG